UGUCGACACACUGCUGCAGGCAUUGGCUGGAUGUUCACUGAAACAGCAAAGCACUGUCUGCAGGUCUGUUCUGUACGAGAAACCGUGUUUUUUCUGAGUGGUAAUUGCAAGACAUGUGUACAGCUUGAGGAGGAGGGAAUCAGCUUUUCUCAUCACACACAGGCUAAAAUGCUCCCGGAAGCCUUUGGUUGCGCUGUUGCGAACAGGUAUGGGGAUCUCCUGGAUGACGAUGCUGACCCGUUCGACUUAAUCGCUAAAGCAGAAAUUGAGAAGGCCAAGAAGAAAAAGAAGGAAAACGAGGAGAAGAAAGCCAAGCCGAAGAAACCUGGCCAGAAAGAAUCCCAGAAGGACAGACGCGUCCCUGUUGCUCCGGAUGGUCCCGACACAGCUCCAGUCCGUCAGCAGCAGCAGGCACGUCCUGGACCAGUAACUGAGAGUGGGUAUGGUCGAGGGGAGGCCCAGAAGAGCACAAAGAGGGCUACUUUUGGGGAGCGCUGGGCCAACCAAGAGGGGCACCCACAGGAAUUUUCCAUCCCUAAGCCUUACUAUAAUACAGACUCUGACCCUGCGGGCAGAGGGGGCUUCAGAGGUAGAAGAGAAGCGAGAGGUGGAGGAGGGUACUCCAGGAUGUCCGAAAACUUCAACCCGAGGGGCAAGAGAGGUUACGAUCGACACAGCGGAACAGGUAUCUCUCCUGAGGAAAAGCGAGGAGGCAGAGGACCCUGGAACUGGGGCAGUGCUGAAGAAACUGCAGGAAAUGAAUUAAUGGAAGUAACCCCUGAUGCUAUGGUCAAAUCGGAUGAAUCCCACAAACAUGCAGAUGAUGAGAAUCAGAUUCGCGCGGAAGAAGACGAUGGAGAGAUGGUGGUCCAGGUUGCCGUGGAGAUGACCCUGGACGAGUGGAGGGCCCUGCAGGAGACAAGUCGUCCCAAGGCGGAUUUUAAUAUCCGCAAAGGAGAGGACCAGAUUCCCACCAAAGCCAAGGUUAUCCACAAGUCAAAGCAUGUUGAGAUCAUAGAGGGGACCCUUGAAGAAGUGGAGGAUGACAGCCACUUCCUGCGUAGGUCCGUGAAUGACAUCACCUCCCUUCUGGACAUUAAUUUUGGGAGUCUUGGACGUCCCAGUCGUGGGGGUCGAGGAAGGGGAGCACGAGGUGGCCCGGCUACUCGCCCAGAAAGAGCUAAACCUGUGUUGGAGAGGGUAUAGUAUCUGGCUCCUAACCCAGAUGACCCAGAAGACUUCCCAGCACUAUGUGCAGGAAGAUAACUGAAUUCACUUCUCCUGUGGGGAAUAUUGGUUGCACUUAACAAUGUUAAGAAAGAACACUUAAUGUCUUAACUGUUAAGGUUGGGGUUUUAUUCUACUUGAUUUUGUUCUGUUGCACUGUUCAGCAUUUGGAGAAUAAAUGUUUUUGCAAGUUUA